AUAUGAUAAUUGAGGAUAAUAAAUCUUUGCCGGAAGAAAAUGUAAGCAUAUCUACUGGAGCAAUUUUAAAGGAUAAACCAGAAACUGUAAUUGCGGAUAAUAAUAUAAGCGAGAAAGUCGAAUAUUUACUGAAGGAAGAAGUAGAUGAAUCA